AUGAAGGAACUUCUCUUGCGUUAUCAUCCACUCUCAAAUGUAAAAAGUAUUCAUGCAUCAUCCUCUUACAAAUCAUAUAAUGGUGAAAAUUUUUUCCGCAUUCCGGAUAUUCAUGCAUCAUCCUUUUACAAAUCAUAUAAUGGUGAAAAAUUUUUCCGCAUUCCGGACAUCCGUAUAUCGUUCUCUUGCAAAUCAUAUAAUGAUGGAAAUUUUUCCACAUUUCGGGCAUUCAUGAAUCGCCCUCUCGCAAAUCGUAUGAUAUGUCGUAAAUCAUGCAUCGUUACAUAUGUCGUAAUUUUUCGACAUAUGUUGUAUAUUGUUUUGAUUAUUAACCUUACCAUACAUUGGAUCAAUCGUAUCAGCGACAGAUAUGAUAUGUAA